CUAACUACCUAGCUAGUUAAGGUACUUGUUUGCUAAAGACCGCUUACCCUGCACGUGAAAACAAAUCAAAGAAAAGGAAGAGGUUGGAUACUCCGCCUCUGUCCACUAUGAAAUGCAGGCAUCCGCCAUAGGUCCAGCGGAGGAGCCCUCUUCUAUACUGUGGGGACUUGACCCGAUCUUUUCUGCCUUUGCUAGACUGUAUGUCAGAGACAUCCUGCAGAUGACAGAGUCCACACAAGUGCCAGGCAUUUAUUUCUACAACUCGCACCCAAUUAACAAAGUUGACAUACUUGGGACAGUUGUCUACAAGAGAGAGCGAGAUGACUUCUUUUGUUAUGGAGUAGAUGAUGGUACUGGUGUCAUAAACUGCCUGUGUUGGAAAAGUGACGCGUUCAAAGAGGAAGACCAUUCUGUGAGGGAGAAGCACAGUGUUGAGGCUUAUGGAAAUUUCAACCUAGUCACUGAGCUCAGGAAGCUGAGACAGGCCCAGAAGGAGCGCAGCUGUCUGGAUAUCGGAGAGGUGCUCAGAGUGAGAGGAUGGGUGAAAACAUCGAGGCAACAGAGAGAAAUCAUGGGCUCGACCUACUAUAAAGUAAACGACCCAGUGAUGGCAGUGCAGAUAGCAUGGAUGAUGGAGGUUCCUAGGCUCUACAGAGAGUGUUACAACAAAACCAUUCAGCUGAACCCCACUGCAACCGGUGACUCUUCCGUCAGUAUGUUCAGCAAGGCUACAAAUAUCAUCAAAGAUUUUUUUAAGCAAAAGAUGGUGACCAGGUUCAGACCCUACGAUAUUCAGGACCUUCUGCAGCCUCUGGUUUUCAGUCAGCCUCAAAAGGCCCCUGAGGACCAGCAGCCUGUGGCUGGGCUGUCUGCAUGCCAACAGCUGCACCAGCUUCUGAAGAAGGUCCUGGAGGAUUUACAAAAUGAGGGUGUCAUAUACCGCAGGGUCAAGUCCCAGGAUGAAGUCUAUGAUGUGACCGUGCAGGAUAAAGAUCUGCUCCUAGCUGUCAAAGACGUUAUCAGUCAAGACUCAAAGCGAGAGAAGCACGCAGAGAAGGGUUGCCACAUCCUGCACAUCCUAUCUGCAGUCAGACAGCGACACAGCCUCAAUGUGAGCAGGGCAGCUUUGGAGCUGGUCCUCAAAUCCCUGGAGUGCAGCAGCGACAUUGUUAGCACCAGUGACUCCCAUUACACUGUGUUUUAACAGUCAACAGUUGUUCUACAAGAUGUAAGGGCUGAAGUAAAUCAUGACAUUUGUUUGUAAACUUAAAGAGCAGGAUGUAUAAUCGAAUGGCCCUUGAGAAAUAAUUUUCCCCAAAGCAAUGUUCCAUUUUAUUUAAUUUUUUAAUUACAUUAUUUCAUUAUCAUUUCAUUUCAUUGCCAUGACAACUCAAGUGAAUUUUGGAGCAUUUACUUGUUUUCGCAGUCUUUCGUAUUAUCAUACAGUAUUAAAUGAUGUGGUCAUUAUGCUGCCACACAAUAACCCAGGAGCUUUUGGGCCGGGCCCCUGGAUUCUUGAGGCUCUUGGGCAAUCGUUUAAUUUAAACCCUAGCUUCAGUUUUAUGUGUGUAAUUAAAGCGCUAGGAUACACGUUUGUUUAUCUGAAAGCACUGAAUGUCCCACAGUGACAAUCUCAGCUGUUUGAUUUAGGCUACAAGAAAACCCAGAUGGGUUACUCCAUCUUGCUUCCGGUUCUUCUUCUCUCCGCGUGCACAGGGGGGCAGUGUUUGGUUGCUAAUUGGCUCCUUCAUAUAGAGUAGGCCGCUCCUGAUUGGCCGUCUGCGAAACAUCUGCGUCUGUAGUUCCAGUUGUUUUGUGUCUCCGGCCAGAAAGCGGCUCAUGACUCAGAGAUUGGACAGUUAAUAAACUCGUCUCGGCUUCAUAAUUAGUGGCCUAGAAUAUUAACUAACAGGAUGAAGCUGUGUUACCAGUUUAUUUCAUUUUGAGCAAGAAGGAAAAGUUAAGGGAGGGCGACUGAAUGAGCAAAUAAACUAAGUGACUGAAAACGCG